AAUAUGUGUUCAGAUGUAGCAUGCUACGUAUUUUAAAAGCACGAUUCAAUGAUUCGUUAAUGUUUGUGGCCACAGUUCUUUAAGGAGGCCUGUCUGUAUUUAAAAUGUUCGCUGACCUGGAUGCGUUUGUGUGUGUUUUGUGAUGUGAAUACGCUAUUUGCAACAACUCAGUAAGUGCUGGUGAUAGUAUUGCAAGUGAUAAGUGCAGUGAUUCUUAUCAACGAUUGCAACAAUUCAUGGAUUUCAUCUGGACCCAUCCGAGGCCGGACUUCGAUCUUGGGAUCAAGUGAAGAUGAGCAACGCGCAGACAGGUAUGGAUGGCAGAGCAGAAGGCAGAGUCGUAUAAAAAGAAGCAAGAAGAAUUACGAGUUCAGUAUGAAAAGGAGCAAGAUUUGUACACAAACAAGGCGAUACUGAGUAAGGAAAGCAAGGACAAACUGAGUGUAAAUUUCAUGUAUGAACCUCCACCUGGUACAAAGAAAGAACGAGAGAGAGAAGAUGAUGAACCGGAAUAUAAAUUUGAGUGGCAGCGAAAAUUUAAUGCACCAAGAGAAGACUACUGCAAAGGUGAUUCAGAAAUCAGGGACCAACCAUUUGGCAUCCAGGUUCGCAAUGUCAGGUGUAUCAAGUGUCAUAAAUGGGGUCACAUAAAUACAGACAAGGAAUGUCCAAUGUAUAAUCAGGCAUCAAGCUCUGAUCAGAUGGGCCCCUCACUGGAUCCAUUAAUUCUUGUCCAGCAAAUGAGAGAAGAUGGUUUGGCCAUGAAGAGAAGUGCCCUUAGUAUUCAGCAGCACAUGAGGUUUUCUCAGAGUCAGGACCUUAUACCAAGUGAAGACGAGGAUGAGAAGACAAAGCAGUCAGAGGUGGAGUUCCUGAAGUCCUUAUCCGUGAAGCAGAAACAGAGGCUGCUAAGGAAACUUGAAAAAUUGGAGAAGAAAGAUAAAAGCAGCAAAUCUGAUAAGAGAAAGAUGAAGAAAAAGAAGUCUAAACGGAAACAGAGGGGCAGUGAGAGUGAUGACACGAGUUCAGAUAGUGGAGAACUCAAGAAAGGAAGGAAAUCACACAAGGAAAAGAAGAGACCAAAGAAAGAUAAAGAUAAGAGAAGAGACCGACAUUAUAAAAAUAUAGCAAUCAAGAAGGAACCAUCAAGCUCAAGCAGUGAGUCAGAGUUGUCUGAUAAGGCUCUGGAGAAGCUUCUUGAUAGACGCAUUGAUUUUGCAGGCCCUAACAGUGCAACUGGUUCAUCAGGGAAGUGGCAGCAUCAUGCAAGCAGUGACGGAUCAUCUGACAGGGACCGCAGAAAGACAGACAGAAUGAAAGUAGAAAGGGAUAAGUCACAGAAAGAAGAAAUGAGGAAAAGAGAUGAGAAAUCUGUAAAUGGAAUUAAGCAUAGCAAAGAUGAAAGUAAACAUGGUGAUGAAACAAAACAUAGGAAAAGGAUGAGCGAGGGAAAUUAUAAUUCCUCCAGAAAGAAACAAAAACGAUAACAUUAAUAAGAACAUUGCACAAUUUGCACUAUUUUAUAGCACAAUACAGGUAUCCCCCGACUUAACUCAGUCGUGUUACCGAGACAGGUUGCGUGACUCAAAAUUUUUUAUUACUCUGUUUGUUUCACAC